CUGUUCAUUGCGCACUGGCUUUUGUAGGGAAAGGAGGAGGGGUGGGGGGAGUACAGAGGCUAUGCAGGAGCUGCGCUAUAGAAAUAAAGCCCGUUUACAAGAGAGUGCAGAGAGAGACGAGUCAGUCACAAAGUGGAAGAACUUGAUUGAAGUGUCCUCACACACUCGGUGGUCCGUAACCAGUUCCUGUCUCACUGCGGACGAUCUUCCCUUUCGUCUGAGGAGCGUCAGAUACUCAAGAAAAUCGUGGAGGAGGAGCUGCUGAGAAUGCAGGAAGAGGAAUCCAGUGAUGAUGAACCACUUAUUAAGAAAGUGCAGAAAAGACCCAGAGGUAGCAGUGACAGUGACAAAGGGGCCAAAGAACCCCCUGAUAAGAAGAAAUGUCUGGAGGGAAAUAAGUCAGAAGAGGAGGAUUCUGGAAUUGAACCAUCUUCAAGGGAUGGGAAGAGACUUUCAGGAAGCUCUUCAGAGACCGCAGUAUCUGAGAUUCCAGCAAAGAAAGUUUGUGAUGAAGAGUUUAGUAAGGCAGAGAAAUGCCCAAACAUGCAGCACGGAGAGAAAAAUACUCAAAAGGAAAACAAGGCUAAAGACAGCGAGAGUGAGUCCGAAAUAUCAUCAUCUUCUGAAAAGAAUGGUCCUAGAAAAGAGAAGGCAAAGGAAUCUGCUGCGGCAAAUAAAAAAGCCAUAUGCCUGGAUAAUUCAGACAAUGAAAUUGAAGGGAUGAAGGCAACAAAGAAAAGAACACCUAGAAAUAAAUUACAAAAAACAAAAGUAGUGGCAAAGAGAGAGGGUGUGAAAAAGAAAGAAUACAGUAGUGAGAAUGAGACAGACAGUGAGGAUGAUAAACCAGUCAGAAAGAAAAAGAAAGUGAGUAAAAAGACAGAGAAAGAUAACAGCGAAGAAAGUGAUGCCAACCAGGAGAGUGCAAGUGGGAAAGAGUCAGAUAGUGAGGCUGAAGAAAGCAAGAGUGAGUCAGAGAUAAAGAAAGAGACGGAUAGUGAGAGUGAAGAAGAAUAUAGUAAAAGAAAACAGACACCUCAGAAAGGCAAGAGAGGUGGCAAAAUGACUAAGAGCGUGCAAAAAAGAAACUCAGACAGUGAGAGCGAAGGCGAAAUAAGUAAAGGAAAGUGGAAAAGGUCACCCCAGAAGGCAACGAGAGAUCUCAAAAGGAGUAAGAGUGUGCAAAAAAAAGAUUCCGAAAGUGAGAGUGAAGAAGAAAAUGGUAAAGGAAACCGGAGGACAUUGCCACAGAAAGCCAAGAGUGGCAACAAAACAAGCAAGCGUGAGUCAAAGAUAAAGAAAGAGACAGACAGUGAGAGGGAAGAAGAAAUUAGUAAAGUAAAACCAAAAAAGAUGCCCCAGAAAGGCAAGAGAGAUGGCAAAACGAGUAAGAUUGUGCAAAAGAAAGACUCGGAAAGUGAAGAAGAAAUACAAGACACGAGGCAAACAAGAACACCAAGUAAGAAGACGACCAAUACUGAGAUUGAAGAGGAAGGGAGCAGCGAGAGUGCAGAUGAGAGUCCCAAUGCGAAGAAGACCUUUAAGAGAGGGAAGGAAACUAACAGAGGGUCUAAGACAAGAUCUUCAGACAGUGAACCAGAGGUAACAAUAAAGAAAGAAGAGAAUGCUUCAAAGACAGAUAGUGAGAGUGAAGAGGAUAAGCAUGAGUCAGAAGAGAGUGCACCAGAGGAGGAGGAAGUCAAAAGUGCCAAAACAGGAAAGCGACAGGGUGACGCAGAGACAGAUAGUGAGGAAUCUGAGGCCAGCAUUAAAAAAAGUAAAGUCAAGAAAGAAGGGGAAGGUGGUGCAAGUGAAAGGAAAGCGGCAACAAAAAAGGAUACAAAAGGCAAAGAGGAUGCAGAGAAGAGUGAUGCGUCUGACUCAUCAGAGCCCAGCGAAGGAGGGAAGAACAGCAAUAGUAAACCGGACACGAGUUCCUCUAAAGAAAAUCACCCCUCUGUUGCCCGUUUGAAGCGAUACAUCUUGACCUGUGGGGCACGGAGGAACUACAAAAAACUGCUGCAGAAUUGCCGCUCAGUGAAGUCUAUGGUAGAGGUCCUUAAGAAGGAACUGGAAGACUUGGGUGUAACUGGGAAGCCAACAUUGGAUAAGUGUCGCCAUGUGCGAUUGAAGAGGGAGGAGGCUGCCGAAUUGGCUGACUUAGACACAAAUAACAUCAUAGAGACCGCAGGCCGCCCCCGCCGUCGUAACACUUGGAACCCCUACCAGGCACCCCCUACCAAUGAGUCAUCCUCUACAGAGUACAAAAAGUAUUUAAACUCGGACUCUGAGGACGAGGAUGAGCCACCACGCAAGAAGAAACCGGUGGACUGGUCCAGUCUGAAGGGCAUUAUCAGUGAUGAUGGUGAAAGUGAAUGAGCUGUGGACUCCUCCACUACUGCCCGAUCUCUGUUUAUCUAACUCCAACUCUUCUGCUAAAUUGUUUUCCUUAUGUUCUUGUGUUGCCCAUUUCAUUUCUUCAUUUUUCUAUCACUGUUAUCAAUGUUCAUUUUUAUGUACUUUUUGUAAAUAAAUUGUUUAAAAAAAAGACACACAGUUUUAUAAAUAUGA